AUGGAGGUCCAGGAAAAGAAGCUUGAAGCAGAACCCGAGAAGGUAUCGAAAAAUUCCCACAUUACGGAGACGUUGAAGCAGUUCACGUCCAAUAUGGACAAUUGGGCUGACUGGGCUGCGGAAGAAGACCAAGAGGUAAGCAGUGUUUCUAUUUUAUUUGUAUUUGUUUAGGAAGAACCACAGAUGAGUGAUCAUGAACGUGAACUCAGAAAUGCAGCAGAAGGACUAAAACCUCCUUUUCUGAUCUACGUAUCUGAAUUAAGUCCCCAAACAACAACUGAAGAUAUUUAUUUUUUUUUCGGAGGGGAGGAUAAAGUGAUAGAAAUUUAUUUUCACGAUGACGGCUACAAGAACGAUGCUUUAUUGGAGUUAAAAGAUAAGGAAGACUUGAUCAAGGCUCUUCUUCUCACCAAUACCGAUAUAUAUCGAAGAAAAAUGUUAAUUGAAUACGUCGAUCCAUUAAGUUGUAAAUGUGUGGACAUAAUGAGGCCUGAACCCAUUCACGGACAGGAAUCAAAUCUUGGACGAUAUAACCGCCGUGAAAGUCAGCAGCAAAGAAAUCGCGUCUCUAAUGAUGUCAGAGCAUCCCAUGCUAACAUCAGGUAGAUUAUUUUGUUUUUUUUUUAUCUUUUGUUUAGAAGCGAUUAUACUCGUUAUUCAAAUGAAAGGAAUGAUGACAGGAAUGUAGAACAAGCCAAUCGAGAAUGGCGUGGGCCACCACCUCCACCCGUUGAACCUAAACCUUCAGGGGCCACAAAAUCAAAUCCGUUCGGAAAAGCAAAGCCCGUUAACAUUGAUUAUGGAGCAUUUAUUGAGACCCAGGAGAAACCUCAUCCACAUCAGGUACGUUUGUGACAAUUAUUUUUAUUGUCUCCGCUCCUUUAGAGUGGUCCUUGUCUUACCCAAACUUUCAAACUUUUGACCCGUACAUCGUCUAAGACCGUAACGAUUUUUUCUCCGGAUUCUGAGUCUCAAAACUCGCCUUUCAAUUCGAUGGAUGCCGAGGCGAGUAUUAUCUUGUCUCAUGUUUUUUUUUCACUAAUUAAAUGUUUUAGAAGAGUCGUAAUGAGCACAAACAAAACACAUCCAAUGCUCCGAGUCUUUUAGAUGUUAAUGUAGGAGGAAUUCCACAACGUAAGUGAUACAAUUUUUAUUGUAACGUUUUCUUAGACAACAGGAAACGUUACGAAAGUUCGACGAUUGAUGAGACCGAAAGUACCACCAGCACGAUCAGAAAUAAGGAGAGAGAGAAUGGACGAGUAGGUGGAAAAAGGCGAUUCUCAGUCUGUCGGGAAAAUAAUGUGGAUUUGUCGCGCCCCGAAAUGCACCAAAUCUUCAGUCGAGGCUGGAGAUUUGGUGAGCGACUGCGACGGGGAGAGACGUUUUUCUACGACAAAUCCAAAUUAUUUUCCUGACUUUGAUAAUCUUUAGAAGCCGAAAGGCCGCUACAAUAAUAAGAACCGAAAUGAUGGGCAUUUCAAUCGGAACAAGCCAGAAAAAACUCUAAGUGAGACAGGUACUUGUCAUGGCCGAUUACAAUUAGUAAUCCGCUGCUUUAGGAAGUGUGGCCAAUUACAAUCGAACAAAAUCAAGUGACUCACUCGUAGUAGAGAAGAGAAACGCCCCUGACUUCAGUGCAAUCACCAAACAUUUGACCACAAGCCGAAAAGAGAAGAAGAAUGUAGGAGGUAAUAACGAAGAAAAACGAGAAAGACAAGAAACCCCUUCUCAAAUACAAGACCAGCCUGUUCAAGUGGAUUCUCAGAAAGAAGAAACUCAUAACCAACAAAACGAUAACAAAGAUUCUACAGCGCCACCUACCACAGCAACUACGAGCAAGAACAAAAAACGCAACAAAAAGAAGAACGAGGUGGGUUUUAACAGAUUCUUAUGUUAUCUUUAUUCAUUUUCAGAACGUGAACGCUAAUCUUAAAGCUAACAAGUUCCAUGCCUUGAACGGUAUCGACGAUCAUUAG